AUGACACAACUAGGGGAUGCCAGUGAACAUCAAGUCUUUACUAUGGCCCCCGGCAGCACUGUCCACAUCCACAGCAGAGUGGAGCCAGUUGUGAACACAGGAGCUCAACCGACUUCACCUACAGGGACUUUCGGAGGCUCAGGAAGCUUUGGAGGUCCCUCAGUAUCCUUUCAAACUCCUCACACUAUUGAAAUACAGCACGUGACGCAGCCCUUUAACCCGGUGAUCUCAGUUGGAGGAAUAGGGUACACUGGUGGAAGCUAUGAGAGCCCCGGGUUCGCCACGUCUUCUGCAAUCUCUCGGCCUACGAACAGGAUUGUAUAUGGCUGGGUCCCAGAGCCCCAAUCAGCAAGCCUGCAGGCCAUGAAUAUUGAGGAAUUGAACAGCGCGUUACGAAGCGAAGCGUUUGUACAGGCUCUUAGAAGUCGAUCGCAGAUCGACGUGCGAUGCAACAUUCCUCUCGCUACAGACAAGAACAGCUAUCUGAAUGCAUUUUUAAGAACAGUUCAGGCAGAGAGAGCGUUCAGAAAGGAUAUAGAUGAGCAGGUGGUACAAAUUGAAGAAGCGUUGCGUCGGGACCAGAUGGCCGAUAUAGGAGCUUCUUAUCAACAAGCUUUGGCAACACUUGCAAACGGUGAGGAGGGAACACAAAACGAAGCUAGAGCAGAUGCAGCGCGAUAUAAAGAAACUGUGGAGAGAUUGAUCAGUGCUCGAUUGGAAAUAUUGAUGACCUGCAAGCUGGCUGCCCUUCUUGGGCAGCCCAGGAUCUUUACAGAAGGUUCAUUUUCGUCAUUGGACGUUCUUGAAUUUGUGGCAACGGCACUUGGCCUCUCUAAUGAAUCAGAGGAAUCAUUAGAGCUCAGUGAGGGCCGUGCGGUAUUCGGUGGCUUGGAACCCUUUCUGAUGACAUCCAAUCCUCUCACCCUUGGCCAUCUUCUCACAUUGUUGAUCGGCCACAUAGACAGGGAACUGUUCUUUGGCGCAAAUGCUAAAAAGCCCUUCUACAGUUUCACGACUCUUAUGGGUGCUACCGGAGGAGAGACAGCAAUUUCCUUGCUGGACGAAAUGUGCGACCGAGACCGUGGCCCUCACUACAAGACACCUCUUUUGAAAAGGUUGAGGCCAAAGGGUAGAGACGGAAAGCCGCGCGUUAGAGGAAGUACACAACCUUGGUUUCGUAGGGGCGGUUCUCGCGUUCACCGGAACCCACAACAGCCAGAACUAUUGCGCGCUUACUGCGACACAACAGAAAUGAUUUUGAACGCCAUUAUGCUAAAGCAUGAAGACAUUCAGCAGGAAAUGCUAAAAUAUUCAUUGCCUGUGGAGCCGCUGGUAGAUCCGGCAACAAAUGCUGCCAGGAUUCAGACGCGGACUUGUAGAGGAAUGGCUACCGUUUGUUCUUUCGAAAAUACAAUUUUGAACCCGAUAGCUAAUCCUCUUGAUCCGCAAGCUAUAGAUCAGAACACCAAUGCGCGAAUGGCUUACGAAUUCUACACCGGACUUGCAAGCGCUCAACUCGGAAACCUUUUUGGCCCAUCAGGAUCACGGCAGUCCAGUGUUUUUGCUGAACAGUGGGUAGAAAUGAUGUCAAAGCCUUCGGCUCACAGCGACAUACUGGAAAGAGUUUUCUUUUUCGACACGAGAGAGAUGACAGCACAGACUAAGAGCACAAUGGUUAAAGGAUUUGAAGCUUAUGAGAAGCGCAUCAGUCAACUCGCAGGAAAGCCAUCGGUUCCUUUCGAGGAAGCAGCUCGCACUUACGGAGCCAUCCAAAAAACAGUCCAGAAUCAGCCUCCCAAAAAAUGGUACACAAGAAAGCCGAAGAUAACGAAGCGAAACCUGUUUCGGAUUGCUAUUAUCCUCCUACUUCGAAGCACUAUUUCUUGCGACAUGAAGCAGUCAUUUGCAGAAAAGUUUGAGGCGUUUACUAAGUCCGUGUUCUUUUCGGGCGCGGCUAAAGGCCGCCGGGUCCCAGCGACUCAGCGGACGCUGAUGGCGUUCUUCCGGACAGGAAAGGCACCGACUCUCCUAAACAUGUGUGCAUACGACCCGCUGACGCUUAACUACAUGUUCCUUUACAGAUUCGUCCUUAUGGGCAGUGAUGCUGCACGUACUCAUGACCGGCAACACGCAAGAGUUAGCAAGACACGGCUGAGCACACGGCUGCUCGGCUCAAAGUGGACGCCUGCUUUGUUAAAGGCUGUAAUGAACGGUUUCCGGCGGAAGACGAUGGUCAAGCGUGCCAAAGCUUUACUACUGGAGUCUCUUGAUCCGUCGAUCUUGCCGUUGCUGAUCGACUCCUUUGAUUGGAUCGUCCACACCCAGGCUGCACUGCAAGUCAACCAGAACAGCUUCAUGUUUCACGAUUUGGGGGCACGUCCCGAGUCUUAUCAAACGACUGCUGAGAGCAAGGCAGCCGUCAAGCUGUCUGACGGAGGGCUAGUUAAGCUAACCGACAAACAGCUUAAAAAUUGGUCAGAAUUUGGGAUCCCCGCCUCUCUUACGAACAGAUUGCGCAAGGGGGAGAAGCUGCCCAAGGUUACAGCAUUCGAGAAGAUACCAACUCCAGAUUUGACCAAAUGGGAAUUGCAGCUUAACACCAAAUGGCUUGAGGCACUGACAGCAUAUUUACAGCAUCCAUAUGGUAAAGCAGCACUGGCGGCUAAUGACCCGGUGGCCAUGCUGAUACAGGAAAGUAAAAAUCGCUUGGAGGCAGAGCUAGAAACGACGAUAUUCCUUGGGCGGAUUGUCAAAAUACCCCGCGUGUCCAAGUUUAAGAGGGCGCUCAGGGCAGUUAGCAACUUCUUCAGGAUGCUGUUGCGCUCUCCGGAACAAAGCGAGUACGCCGUUUGGAUGGGUGUCAAAGUAAAUAUAGAUCAGGUCAUGAGUGUAAUGAAGGCAGUCAAUAGCGCGUCUGAGGUUGUCAAGAGCUCUGGAAUGUACGAUCACAUCAAAGAGGGGUUCCUAGAGAUUGUAAAGGAUGUUAUUAUGGGCAACCUGGAUACGCAUCACCGCAUUGUUGGCUACGAUACAUACGCCGCGGUUGACGAACAAAUGCGGAAGGAGGGGUUUGCCGCUGCGCACAAGAGAAACCACGGCUUCUUGGCCAUACAUCCGGAGUAUCCUAAUCUUAGCGAUGCAGAAAGGAAGAAAGAGUUCCAAUACAGCAUGUGCAUGGACCAUUGCGAGGCUCUGUGGAAGCUCCUUACAUCUCUGGUGCUUACCAACAUGCAGAAUCCGAAGAAGCUAGCAGAUUACGAGAAGGAAAUGAAGUCGACAAAAGCCAUCACGACGCUGUCCGAUCCGAACCGCGUGAAUGCCUUCCGUCUUGGCCUCAACGUACAAACGGACUAUUUCGAUAAUAUGCUCGACAAGGGUUCCAAAGACAAUAUUAAGCGCAUGAAACACGGUGGUGGGACUUGGUUCGCAUAUUCUCUACUCCUAGCUGGGCGGAUCCAGACAGCCAUGGGCAUGCCGAACUUGGGAACAACUUUAAUUUACCAGGCCCCGUACUAUGGGAACUUUAUUCUUAAGUGGAUAGAGGAAAGAAGGAAGUCACGAAAGAAAGCAAUAUUUGCAAUGAUGACGCUUGGAUUCUUUUUCGCUUACACAUUCCUCUCCGUUGCAGACAUUACCCAACACUUGACUGAUUCAGGCCUGGGGCCGGCAGUUGAGUGUCUUGAGAAUCUCGUUCUAGGUCCCAUUUGUCCUGCGGCUGUGGUUGCGCCAGCCAUCACCAGCGCAGCUACCGCAGCAGCGCAGGAUGUGUUCAAGGUGGGCAUACUCGGACUUCUCACACCAUAUCUUGUUUUGCCGAUGAUGCUCGUCAGCGUUUGGCAAAUCCUCAAGUCGGAGUUUAAGAUCCUGAUGCAGUUUGAAAUGUCAGUGAAAAGCCUCUUCACCCGAUUCAGCAGAUGGGUCAAACAGCCCUUUAAGAAUUGGUGGAGACGCAGAAGAAGGAUGAAGGAAAGCAUCCUGAAACAGGCCUCUCAAAAGUAUGAAAGCGCUAAGAAGAAGAACAAUGGAAGGGAGCCAAGAACCCGCAGCUUUGUGGAGAGGCAUGAUUCGGGGUCUGUCCAAUUAGACGCCAUGGGCCUUCCUUCGGGCGAAAUGGAGGUCAGCUACGACGUUUCAUGGAGCACCCCUAUAUAUCCGCACAGCCCUCCGCUUGUUCGCGUCUCUUUCACCAAAUAA